UGAAAUCUACGGCUUCCAAUUUCCUUCCAUUUCGUGCCUUCUCUGAUAAGCGUUGAAACGCAAAAGAAUAAAGAAGAAAAUUCUCGCGUGCCCAACUUGUCAAACGGGUGAAUCUCAAGGAAAUGGGAGUUUCACUACCCGUCUUGCCGACUAAUAUAAAAGGUGCGGCUACCUGAGAAGGUGUAUGUCAGUUGCAUCGCUGAGCUUAUAGGAUGAACAAGUUGGUUGUGUUUCUUUUCGCCUUCGGCCUCUUCACCACAGCUACGGCUGGUGGGUUUGCCGGCCAUGGCGGUGGCCUCGUUCUUGGCCAUGGGGGAUUUGGUGCUGGCUUCGGAUUUGGCGGUGGCCAUGGCCACGAGGUGCAUGCCCUUCGAGGACCAACAUACCUGGUGAAAACUGUUCAUCACGUGCAGAAGCUUCACGGCGGAGGCGGACACCUUGGUGGUUACGGGCAUGGCUUCAGCGUUGGCCUCAAGGGAUUCGGCGGCUUCGGAAGUCAUGGCUGGCACGGGCGAUAGGAUGUUUGAAAUCCACAAGAAUUAAGGAAGACAUAGGAAGCCCUCUUGCAGUACCAUUUAAACGCCGUCUUUCUUGGAGGCUGAAAUGAAGGGUGCUGAUUUCGUGUACACAC